AUGAAGGAUACCAGCUUGUCCAAAGUCAUUGUUGUGGGAGCCGGCCCGGCAGGGCUUCUGCUCGCGCUGAUGCUUGCGAAGCACGGUAUUAGUGUCGAUGUGGUAGAAGCACUGGACGCAGUGGAUGCCAGGCCGCGUGGCGCAGCAUAUGGUCCAGCGGCUGUCAGUGUCCUCCGCCGUGCAGGUGUCCUGGACAAAAUCCGUCAAAAGGGCCUCUCCGUGGACUCUUUCACCUGGAGGAAGGUGGAUGGCACCGUCAUCAAUCGCCUGACCGGGAUGAGCAGAAACCCUGACAAAGGAGGGUUUGUCUGUCUACCGGUUUAUGACCUGGCAUCUCUCCUUUACGAUGAACUCUGUCAGCUCCCGAACGCCCAGGUUUAUUGGAACCACAGAGUGACGGUGAUUUCUCAAAACGAAACAAGAGCCUGGGUCGAGUGCGAGAAUGGUCAAAAAUUCGAAGGUGAUUUCGUCGUCGGCUGCGACGGUGGUACAUCGACUGUGCGGAAGUCCUUGUUUGGCAGCAAUUUUCCAGGCCACACUUGGGACGUGAUCAUGGUCGCUACGAAUAUCCGUGGCUAUGAUUUCUCAAAGUAUGGCUGGGAAGAUACGUCCUGGAUUGUCGAUCCUGAACAUUGGGCAGUGGUGGCUCUGAUCGACCAGCAAGGGACAUGGCGUGUUUCUUACGGAGAGAAGGGUUCGCUCUCCCACGACGAGCUUUACGAACGGAUGUCGGCCAAGUUACAACGAAUUCUCCCGGGGAAUCCAACUCCCGAUCAGUAUACCAUCGAAAGAUUUAACCCUUACAAUCUACACCAAAGAUGUGCCGAGAAAAUGCGGGUUGGUCGGAUCCUGCUCGCAGGUGACGCUGCGCAUCUAAAUAACCCCAUGGGCGGCCUCGGUCUCACCAGCGGCAUGUCAGACGUGGGUGGCUUGGUUGAUUGUCUCCAGGGAAUUUAUGACGGCAAAGCGGGCUAUGAUAUACUCGACCAGUACGACCAGGUUCGACGGGAGAUAUACAGAACCGUCACCGAUCCUGUAUCUACCGCCAAUCUUGCUCGCGUACAAAGCGAUCCGGCGGCGCUAGCCGGUGGCCAGGACCCUUUCUUCGUUCUGCUUGAUAAGUCCCGCGAAGACGCUAGCUUUCUCGAAGAGAUUGAAAAGAACGAUAUGAGACUUCUCGUGGACUUUACCCAAUUCUACGACAAACCCAAGGUGAAUGGUCACGCCAACGGCAUGGCCAAUGGCCAUAUUUCUCUCACCUACUGGGACCGACUGGUUCGCUACGUGUCGGCGAAGACUGGUCAGACACGGUAUGGUGAACCGCUAGCAGACUUAACUGCAGACAUCGAUCAGCUGGCGACGGAAGGUACUUUGAAAGUUCGGCCCCUUGAAGGGUCCAACUGGCUGGCCGCAAGACCAUCGGACGAAGAGGAAGAUCUCGUCAAGGAGCUUCUCGGUCCUCUCACUCCAAGAGACGUGCCCAUCGUCCGUUGCACAGGCCUCAACUAUCGCACUCAUAUUAUUGAGUCUAACUGGGAUAUACCAACAAAUCCGACACUAUUUAUCAAGCCUGGACAGGCCGUUGGCGAUACGCGUGCCCCCAUCCCGGUCCCCAAACUCUCUCAGUCAAAAUGCGACUACGAAGGCGAGCUGACCAUUGUCAUUGGGAAAGACGCCAAGAAUGUAAGCGAAGAGCAAGCCCUUGACUACGUCGCGGGAUAUGUUGUUGGGAACGACGUCUCAUGCCGUGACUGGCAGCUUGACAAAGACAAAGCCGGCAUGAUGCCCCAAUGGUGUUUCGGCAAGUCGUUCGACAAAUAUGCCCCCGUGGGCCCGGCAAUCGUGAGCCCCAAAAUCCUGGGCGACGCCUCGGGAUUGCGGCUCCAGACGUAUGUGAACGGCGAGCUAAGGCAGGACUCUGACACUUCUGACCUAUGUUUUGGUGUUCGAAAGCUGGUCAGCUUCUACAGUACUGGUCAGACGCUGGAAGCUGGAAGUUUGAUCAUGACAGGUACACCGGGUGGCGUUGCAGCGGCCAUGAAGAUUCCACAAUAUUUGCAAGACGGGGAUGAGGUGGUGGUGGAGAUUGAGAGAAUUGGGAAGCUGAGAAACAUCAUCAAGUUUGACGAAUGA